UUUAUACGAAUGCUGGCGAUUGUUCUUCAAAAUUAAAUACUUGCAUCCUCUGUUGUAAUCAGGUAACGUCCAACGAACGUCUAGUGUAACAAUAAUAAUAUGCAAUUGUUAAUUUGGUCCGUUUGAUUUAUUGAAAGAAACCUGUACUUGUUAUAAUUAUACGUGUAAUUGCGAUUUGUAACCGUGUAGAUUAUAAAUAAAUCAUUUACGCAAACACUUGUUUAGUCUGAUUACUUUCUUCUCUUAUUCGUUUUAAUUUCGCAUUGUUUUGAUCUGAAAAUUGUUUAAUGAUUUUUGUGCGUCACUCGCAUUACGUACGAGCGAUAUGAAGAAUAAGAAGAAUUCAAUUUUGCACGUGAACAUUUCGCCAGUAUGACGAAAAGAGAGAUGAAGAAGGUAGGGAUGCGAUAUUAUUUAAAGAGAGGUGAGUAUACCGGCCUUCUUAAACGCGGUGGUGUCUCCGUCAGUCUUUGUGCGAAGCUUUGAGGGAAAACGGGAUUGAAACCGCGAGCCGUUUCAACAUUCAGUCAAGAACCCGACCGAUUCGAGUGAAGAAAUAGACAUUAGGGAUGUAUUAGGAAGAUUAUAUUAAGGAGACGUUGUCAAAAAACGACUCGGAGGACGAAUAAAAAGUAGAGAACACUUGAAGACUGACACUUGAGAACGGUAGAAGUAUUACAAUUCGCGUAAAACAAGAGAAAAGAGAAGGACAAUUAGAGGGGCGUUUAGGGCAAGCAGGAGCUAUGGUGAAUCAAAUAACUUCCCUAUCAUUUUCAGUGGACACGAACGGUGGAAAAGAGGGCACCGCGGACUUCGAAAAAGCCAUCAGACUUUGCGGAUAUGGAAAGUUUCACUACAGUAUCCUUUUAUUAUGCGGUGCAAUGUUCCUGUGCGUCGGCUGCCAGAACGGGAUCAACGCUUAUAUCCUUCCGUCGGCCGAAUGCGAUCUUAAUUUAUCAUCCGAGCAGAAAGGACUGUUGAACGUCGCUUUCCUGUUGGGCGGAGUAAUCAGUUCCUUAGUCUGGGGAGUUUUUGCCGACGCCUAUGGAAGAAGAUACAUACUGUUGUUAACGUUGUUUAGCGACAGUGUCUUGUCCAUCGCCGGGAGUUUUUCCCAAAGCUUCAGAGUAUUAUUAUUCUUCCGAGGCUUGAGCGGCUUUUUUAUCGGAGCGCCUGGAUCUUUGGUGUACAGUUAUUUAGGAGAGUUUCACGCCGAGAGGCAAAGAGUCAAAGCCGUUUGUUACGUGGGAUUCUUCUGGACGUUGUCGUGGUUGAUAUUACCCGGCCUGGCAUGGAUCAUCAUACCGAUGCCGAUGUCUCUUCAGUUCAACGGAAUCGUUUACAACUCCUGGCGAUUACUUUUGGCAAUCAUCGUUAUGCCUACUCUAUUAGUAACGCUUAUAGCAAUUAAAUAUCCCGAGAGUCCAAAGUUCUUGGUGUCUCAGGGCAAGACCGAGGAAGCAUUGUCGAUAUUAAAAAAGAUUUACGCGAUUAAUACGGGAAAUCACGAGGACGAAUAUCCGGUAAAAUAUUUAUUAUGCGACGACACGGCUCCCGUCAACGAUAACAAAAAAGGAUCUGGCAUGUUGACACAGUUGUUAAAAAAUAUUUGGCAACAAAUUAAAUCGUUGGCUUCACCGCCAUUGCUCAACUACGCGAUCUUAUGCUGGACCAUUUAUUUCGCGAACAUGUUCGGAUAUUACGGUUUCGGAUUGUGGUUGCCGGAGCUGUUCAACAGAUUCGAAAACUAUCACAAUUUGCAUCCCAACAUAACGGUCGGUGUCUGCAAAUUAAUGCACGACUUGCAACCGUCAAUCUCCGUUGUCAACAAUGUCACGGCGAUCGCUGACAACGUGAUCAAUGCAACCGUGGACACCGUUGGCUGUUCGCCAGACAUGGACGAAAUGGUGUUUAUCAAUUCGUUGACGAUAAACGCUUUCUGCCUAUUGGGAAAUAUACUGUCUGGAUAUCUAGCCAAUAAACUGGGGAGAAGAACAAUGCCAGUGACUACCAUGCUGCUGGCCGGAGUGUUUGGCUUCGCCAUAUACUUUGUAAACUCUUCGUUACAAAUCCUGAUGGUCAGCUGCGUCUUUUCAUUGGCGAUAGUCACGGCUAACUUUGUCAUUAGCAGCAUCGUGGUAGAUAUAUUUCCGACUCACGUCGGAGCUGUCACUAUAUGCAUGAUGACUUGCUUCGGAAGAUUAGGUGCUAUCGCUAGCAACCUGGCGUUUGGAUUACUAUUGGACAUUAGCUGUGAAGUUCCCAUCUUUUUAGUUGGAAGUAUAGUCAUCUGUAAGUAUAAACUACUGCUACUCGCUCAAGAUUUUGCGCCCUACUACUUUUGUCACAACUCUCUCUUCUUCUUUCAGUCGGAGGACUGUUGGCGUUGACUCUCCCAAAGAAAAAUUCCAGAUGAUACUCUGUGGUGGUGGUGGUCGUCGAUCGUCGUCAAGAGAAGAAGAAACUCCAAGAGGAAUGUGAAAACGCCGUUGUGUAUAACAACACCAUACAUACAUUAUUUCUUCUCAUCAAAUCACAAUACUGUCCGUGUGUCCGUUAAGUGACAUGGUCUCUAAAUUAUUUACAUUGUCCGCUGUUCUAUGGAAUAUAUAGUUGUACAUGUACAUAUGUAUGUGCGGUAUGCGUGUGGAGAAUCGUACGCGUAAAAUUGAUGAUGGUUCGAUAAA